UUGUUUACUUUUCUGUUUCGUAUUAUCUAUCAGAAAUCCUUAAUUUUGACAGAAUCAGAUCUUUGAAAGAGUUUUGCUCCUUAAUACGUAUUCUUCAAUGGCGUCUCCCAUUGUUGUAGAAGAACGUCCAGCUCUGCUCGAUGCUACUGCUGAUCCACCGGCUCUGUUCGACGGAACCACAAGAUUGUACACAAGCUACGUUUGCCCAUUUGCUCAACGAGUUUGGAUCACCAGAAACUUCAAGGGUUUGCAAGAAAAGAUUAAACUUGUUCCUUUGGAUCUUGGGAAUAGGCCUGCUUGGUACAAGGAGAAAGUAUAUCCAGAGAACAAGGUGCCAGCGCUUGAGCACAAUGGAAAAAUCAUUGGGGAGAGUCUGGAUUUGAUCAAAUAUCUUGAUAACACUUUUGAAGGGCCUUCACUUUACCCUGAGGAUCAUGCAAAAAGAGAAUUUGGCGACGAGUUAUUGAAGUACACUGAUACUUUCGUUAAAACUAUGUAUAUGUCACUCAAAGGAGACCCCUUUAGAGAAACAGCCCCUGUGUUAGAUUAUCUGGAAAACGCUCUGUAUAAGUUUGAUGAUGGGCCAUUCUUCCUCGGUCAGUUAAGCUUGGUUGAUAUCGCCUAUAUCCCGUUCGUCGAAAGGUUUCAAAUCGUACUCAACGAAUUAUUGAAGUGUGACAUAACUGCAGAACGUCCUAAACUAUCGUCAUGGAUCGAGCAAAUGAACAAGAUUGAUGGCUAUGCACAGACGAAAAUCGAUCCCAAGGAGAUUGUGGAGAUUUUCAAGAAAAAAUUCAUGCAUCCAGGUCAGAGAGAAGCCCAUCUUUCUAACUUUCUUCAACGGGCGUGUUGCGUUUUAGAAGAUUUAAAAGCAAAGGCCAUGCACCAGAACUCUAAAGCUAUUACUAUGGCCGACUUGUUAAAUAUUUUCUCAGUUAAUGGUCUAUACCAAAUCUGAGUCAUAUUCUUGCAGUAAGGAAGCACUAAGAAGUCAUGUUACCGGACCAAUACAACACCUUGUACGAACAGGUGGUCUUUGGAUAUGAAGUAAGAAUGUGAUGAUGCAAUAAGAUGUGCAACAAUAGCUUUAUCUGUAUUAUAGUAAUCAAUAGUUUUAAUCAAUUGUCAACCAUUGACAUUAUUUAUCUUUUAACACAUAAACUAUGAUAGCAAUAAAAACUGCUAAA